ACCAGUUACAAGUUAGGAGCAAUGUUUUGGGCUGCUUCUUUAUAUGUUCUUUCUCCAACACUUUUUAUGACGAAAUAAUACUUUGGUGUCAUUUCAAUCUAGAAGAGGAGAAGUCUAAAAGGCUGUGUUCCACUCUGAUAUAAAACAGAUACAUCAACAGCAAGCCUGUACUUUCCAGAAUGAAACUGAGUCAGACAGGCCCCCUGAGAGACACGAAGGAUCUGUUGCAAACGGAGGCAAGCAACAGGGAGGUCCUUGGGCAGGAGUGCAGUAGAAAGAGUGAGAAAAAAGGGCAGACUAUGUGCCAAGGAGUGCUGUGUCAGGAGGGCAAAGAGAAAACAGAUGAAGGUGUGGGUAAGUUGGAAAGCAAAGAGAAGAGGAAUGAGGACGAAGAGGAGGAUGAAGAGGAGACCCAUUUGUUAUACAGACGUACGCAUCCCAUUGAGAUGUUCCAGACCAUGAAGGACUUUUGUGACUCUGGACUUCUCACUGACCUAACUCUGAGGACUUCAGAUGGGGGAUGCUUCUGCACACACUUCCCCAUCAUGGCUGCUCUCAGCUCCCUACUCCAUCAUCAACAACAACAGGGUGACAAGGACAGGCAACCCCAGGAGAAGAGUGAGAGACAUGGCAUCAGAAAGCUUUCAAUUUUUCUGGGUCCAGAGGUGGAAAGCUUAGGGCUAGCUGGAGUGGUUGAAUUUGCUUAUACAGGAACCAUCAUGAGCCUAAACAGUCACACAGUGGCCAAGAUCAGGGCUGCAGCUAAGGCACUUGGGGUUUGCAGAGUGCUGGAGCUUUGCAAUAAGGGAGAGGAGAAGCGGAAGGAAGAGAGCAGAAGGUUAUCAUCUCAAGGUCAGCUGGAGGUCAGUCUUCAGGAUAUCAGACAGCUGCGGACAGACCAACUGGGCUGUGAUGUGGAGCUUGAGGCUGAAGGCAGACAUUUUUAUGCACACAGAGUGGUCUUGGCUGCCAGCAGUGACUACUUCCGUGGCAUGUUUCUGAGCGGCAUGCGGGAAUCCUAUCAGCCUACCAUAGCCUUGCAGUCCCUGGGAUCUGUGGAACUGGAAGCUCUCCUGAACUGCUCCUACACAGGAUCCCUGCUUCUGAGCUGGGGGUCUGUAUUUGAGACCACUGUUACUGCUCUCCAGCUCCAAGUGAAGUCUGCUCUGGCCCUAUGCCUCGAUUUCCUCCACCAACGCAUAGAUCCAAGCUCCUGCCUGGAUGUGGCAUCUUUUGCUGAGGCUUAUGGAUUAGCUGAUCUUCAGGAGCUGGCAGAAGACUAUGUUCUGAGGCACUUCAAUGAAGUGGCAGCGACUCCCAAGUUUUUGGACUUGCCUUCAGACAAACUUCUGAAAUAUCUACGUUCUGACUCCCUCUAUGUCCCCUCCGAGCUCGUUGUGUUUCGGGCAGUUGUUGCUUGGAUCGAGGCUGAUCCUACAGAAAGGAUGGGAUUUGCUCAAGACCUGAUGAAAGAGGUUCAGUUCCCUCUCAUGACAUUUAGGGAGUUCCAUGAAGUUAAGGCUGUGGAUCUAUGGAGAGCAUGCAGUGAUACUCUGGAUCUAUGCUGGUCCAGCUUUUCCAGCCUUGAGGAGCAGUGCAGAGUUUAUUAUCCUAAGGAUAAGCUGGUACUGGUGGGUGGAGACCAGAUAACUGCAGACUUCAACAAGCGCCUGCCCAGUCGAAAGUUGUGGUAUGCCAACACCAUACGCAGCCGAACUGGGCUGGUGAGGGAGAUUGAGUGGAGGAUGCUGGGAGAAAUGCCAGAGUCCCCCAGGUUCAGUCAUGCUGUGGGUGUUCUUGAGGGGAAUCUAUACAUCAUUGGUGGAAGGCACUACUACGGCACAGUUGACACCAUGAAUUCUGCAUACAGGUACAAUCCUCUCGAGAAUACUUGGCAGAGGCUGGCAGACAUGCACGAGCAGAGAAGCAACUUUUCGUUGGUGGUACGAGACCAACGAAUAUAUGCCAUUGGUGGGGACAGGGACAUCAACAAUAACUUGGACAGUGUGGAAUGCUACUGCCCUGAGAGCAACUGCUGGAGAUUUUCUAGAUCGCUGGAUCAGUCAUUGAGUGGACAUGCAGCUGCAGUUUGGGAUGGGGAGAUCUUCAUCUCUGGGGGAUUUGACUGUAGGUACCAGUGCCUGGUAUCUAUGUUCCUGUACCACCCGGAGAGAGGAACCACCUACCUGUGCGACAUGAGUCAGGACCGAGCGCUGCACUGCAUGGAGAAGCUGGCUGGCCACUUGUAUGUCGCUGGAGGAGUUUGUAACCUACGUAAAUUCUACACAGACCAAUUGCUCUGUGAGAGGUACGACCCGCUGACGGAUUCUUGGAGCUCCAUCCCGUCUCUCAGAAUCCCCCAUGUGAGUGGUGCGUCCGCAGUCCUGGAGGAUAAAAUCUACAUUCUGGGAGGCUACUGCCAAGAGGACUACAGCGAGUCGGGACUAGUGCAUCGCUACGACCCUGCGACCCUCCGCUGGGAGAACAUGGGCAGGAUGCCUGGACCCAACACAUAUAUUCGUGCCUGUAUCCUCCACUUUCCCUCACAGUUAUGAUGCAGACAGAGACAGGAGUCACCUACACACAUACCUCCACAUUUGUAAUAGUGACAAGGGCAAGAGAUAUCUGCAAAUUCACCUGCAUCUACAUGGAUGCCUGUAAAACAUCUAUAUAUGAAUUUUACUACCACUCAGUCAGUAUGUGGUGUUUUACCUUUUCUUAUUAAAAUGUUUACCCACUUUAACACCCAGCUCUUGCU